AUGCACACUGCGACACAUUUCAUUUUUAUCGUGGCUCUCUUGAUCAAUAUCGUUCAAUGUCCAGGUGCUGGUGGUGGUGGGGGUGGUGGAGGAGGAGGAGGAGGUGGUGGCGGUGGUGGACGUGGAGGCAGUGGUAGUAAAGUACCAUGUACUACUCAAGAAUGUGAAACGAGACAAGCUAUUGCUGGUGGAAUUCUCAUGACAUUGUUAUUGGGCAUACUCAUAUAUUAUAUUCGGCGUGUGUAUCGUUAUUGUAUACGUGGUCAACCAUCACACGGCAACAUAGAUUUCAUCCGUCAGAAUUCUCAAAAUGCUUACAACUAUGAACAAGAUCCUUUCGAGACAGGAGUUUGGUCUUUUCAAUAUUAUCAAUAUGGGAAAUGGCGAGGACCUUUUCGAUUACCACUCACAUUCGAUCGUCCAUCAAGCACAGUGACUGGUCAAGGAAUAGAUGAUGUUGGAAGUUUUACUAUCGAUGGUGUUUUCUCUUCUGAAACUCUUCGACUAGGUCUGACACAGAAAUACCAACUAGGAACAGGUAAUCUAAGAGAGAAUUUCGGUCACACAUCAACUAUUCAACUGAAGUGGAAUUCGAAGAAAAAUCGAUUUGAUGGUACAUGGUAUGUUCGGUUUGAAAGCUAUCGUGGUGAUGGAAAGUUCAAAUUAAAUCCGGAAGAACGUUCAGCACCUUUGCUUAAUUGGGAUAGCGCAUGUUGA